GCCUUUAUCUUCUCACCCCCAAAAUUUCGCUAUAUAAAAAUGCUGAUUCCUGUCAGUCCUUUUAACAUUUUCCGAGACCCCUUUCAAUCAUUUCUCUCGCUGGAGCUCUAUUAUUCUCCUCUGAUCGUUAUCUCUACUUUUGCUCUCAAUUCUUGAAUUUAGGUUCCCAUUGAUGGCGGAUAAUGAAGAGGGUGGGGAAGCUGCUCCCAGAGGAAAUGAGUGGGAAGUUGUAUCACUCACUGCAUCAGCAUAUGCUGCUGCACCUGGUCCUCAACAGGUUGAGUCAAUCAAUGAUAACCAGGGUAAGUUAGGUGGAGAGAAUGAUGCUGAAACUUCUAAUGCUAUGUUUAUGUCUGGUCAUUUUGUCUUCCCUCCAAGUCAGCAUGAGAAUUUGCCAUUGGCACCUGAAAAAAGUGAGAUACGCGAAGAAAAGGGUGGUGAGUAUGAUGUUUCUCAGUUAAUUUCAGAUGACGGGGGUAAAUCGGCUUUGAAGGAUGAAGAAAAUGUAAGUAUCAGAGAGUUGAUGACGGAUGAGUUUCCUGGAAUUCAGAUUUUUGAUGACAAAGGUAACAGGUUAUCAGCUUCCGGUGCAUACUUUGAAAAAGAUGUGGUAUUUGACAAGGAGAAGAACAUUUACAACACUACAGAAUUUAGUUCGUUCCAUUGCGAAUCAACCAUUCCCAAGUCUGAUACUGUUGAGGAGGGUGGGGAGACUGAUUAUUCUCUUGUACCUGAAGACCAUGGCUUGGAUUCUGGCGUGUCAAAUUUCCAGAAGCCUGAUGAGGGGGAAAAGUACGAUGCUGGUGGCCUUCCUUGCGAAGCUUGGUGGAAAAGACGGGCUGUUUCUCUGUAUGCCCACGCAAAAGAGGCAAAUACGUUUUGGUCUAUUUUCGUUGCUGCAGCUGUUAUGGGGCUUGUAAUUAUCGGUCACCACUGGCAGCAAGAAAGGUGGCAGGUUUUGCACCUCAAGUGGCAGUUUGGUAUUAGUGAUGAGAGGAUGGGCAGGGUGCUUGGUCCCAUAUCUCGAUUUAAAGAUGUGAUUGUUGGUGGCCACCGACGGGGUUCACUUGUUCGGGGCAGCACCUCCACAGAACGUUAAGA